ACCUGAGCACGAGCCUCCACCUCCACCCGGCACCUGAGCACCAGGGAACCACCGGGCAGGGAACCACCGGGCCGGGAACCAUGCUGGGGGGAGACCUGGUCGCCCUGUGGGAGUUGGCCCUGAGUGACGGCGUCUACAGGAUAGAAUUCGCCCACGGGACCACGACCGGGAAGCGGGUUGUGACUGUGAAUGGCGAGGAAGUGAUCAGGAGGGACUGGAUGUUCAAGCUGGUGGGAAGGGAGACAUUCACGCUGGGCGCCGCCAACACCAGAGCCACCAUCCACAUCGAGGCCAUCAGCGGCUUCGCCUACGAGUACUCGCUGGACGUGGACGGCAAGACACUGCAGAAGUUCGUUGACGACAGAGCCAAGACCACCAAGACCUGGGAGCUGCAGGUGGACGGCGUGGACUGCAGGGUCGUCCUAGAGAAAGACACCAUGGAUGUUUGGUGCAACGGGGAGAAGAUGGACACGACGGGGGAGUUUGUGGACGACGGCACUGAAACAUACUUCACGGUGGGGGAACACGAACUCUGCAUCAAAUCAGCGAGCAGCGGGAAGAAGAAGAGCGGCAUCGUUCACUACCUGAUGCUGGACGGGGGGAAGGUUCCCGCCUCCACGCAGUAGAGCCGGACCGCACUGGGCACGCUCACAGCUCAGACUCGUUCUCUGGAGGUGAUUUCCUUUUUUCUAGUGAAGAACUUUUGGUUUUCAGUCUCUUAGUUCAUCACAAACUUAGACAAGCAUGAUCAUGUAAAUAAACUGUUAAAUAAACUCUGACGUGUGCAGCUUUGAUGUAUGGUUUCAGUUUGUGGUUUUAUUCUGAAGGGGGUCAUAUCAGUUACGGAAGGUAAGAGGAAGUUCUCUUAUACGCCUUUUGCACCAAACCGGUUCCAGAGCUGGUUCUGGUUCACAACUUGUU